CUGGGUGUGGUUGUUACUGAAUUGAAUAAAGCCUUAAUGAGCGAUUUCGGGGGGUAUAAAUUGAAGAAGCUAGACAGUACAAAGACUCACUUGAACGCCAAGAAACACAACAGCUCUCUCCUCUUCUACUCUCAUCAUGUACAAAUCCAUGACUCUUUUGGUUUUGGUGGCUUUGGCUGCUUGUGUUGUGUCCAUGGAGGCUCAGGACCAAGAAGCUGCUGAGCAAUACUACAGCAUUCACGGUGUUUACCCCAAAUGGUACACCUAUAGGACCCCUGGCUACACCGCAGUUCAAAGUUACCCCUACCUCGCCUACGCCGGCUAUCCCUCCACCUACACCGCUUACCCAGCUGCCUACACUGCCGGAAUCAAGAAUGUAGUCUCUCCUUAUUACGCAGCUUAUCCCUAUGGUUACAACUCCUAUCCAUAUGCUGCUCCCUACAUUCCUUACGUCGCUCCGGCCGCCCCAGCAGCCCCUGCCAAGGUAUAAUUUACAUGCGUCAUAAAACCGACAAGCACAAUGAUCAGAGCUGAGCUCAGGUGAAAUGUUUGUCCCUUGACAUCGUCCCUUAUACCCCGAUUUCAAACUUUACUGAUGUUUUAGAAUAUUGGUGCUACACGAAAAAAGCGAAAAAUAAAUAGGUUUCAAUAUU